CGAUUACUUUCAUCUCUAAUUCCCAGCCGCGUGCGAGUUUCAAUUAUUCUUCAGAUUAAAUAUCCAAUUUUGGCAAAGUUAACAGGGAAUGCAGCGACAGAAACACAAGAGACCGGGCAAGCCGGGUCCGCGUUUUAAGCCGAGAUCAGGAGAAGAGAAGGGCAAGACGGAAUACCCCAAUGGCAGGCGUAACAGGGGACAAGGCAACCAAAAGCAAAGCGGCAACAACAGGCAGCUAAAGCGGCCGCGGGAGGACAUCAAGAAAUCGAAACUGGCCGCCACCGACACAGAGAUCCAAGAACUGCGGGCCAAGUAUGCCGAGAUCGAUGCCGAGGCCAUCAAGAAGUUUGCACAGUUCCCGCUGUCGCGCAAGACGCUGAAGGCCCUGACGGAGUCCAAGUUCGUACAUCCCACACAGGUGCAGCGCGAGAGCAUCGGCCCGGCGCUGCUGGGCAAGGAUGUGCUGGGAGCGGCGGUCACGGGCAGUGGGAAGACACUGGCCUUUCUCAUACCCGUCCUGGAGCAUCUGUUCAUGAACAAAUGGUCUCGCACCGAUGGCGUUGGAGCGAUCAUUAUCUCACCCACACGCGAGCUGGCCUACCAAAUCUUCGAAACACUAAAGAAGGUGGGCAAGCACCACGACUUCUCCGCCGGUCUCAUUAUCGGCGGCAAGAACCUAAAGUUCGAGCGCACUCGAAUGGAUCAGUGCAACAUUCUGAUCUGCACUCCCGGUCGCCUGCUGCAGCACAUGGACGAGAAUCCGCUGUUCAACACAAGUACCAUGGAGAUGCUGGUCCUGGACGAGGCAGAUCGUUGCCUGGACAUGGGUUUCCAAAAGACACUGAACUCGAUUAUUGAGAACUUUCCACCAGAACGACAGACCCUUUUGUUUUCGGCGACACAAACGAAUACGGUACAGGAUCUGGCCAGGCUGAAUCUAAAGGAACCUGUCUAUGUGGGCUAUGGAGCCGCCGGUGGGGGAGAAGAAGGAACGACUGCUUCCACAUUGAAGGCGGCUGUUCUGGCCGUUCCCGAGCUGCUGCAACAGAGCUAUGUAGUGCUCAAUCUAGAGGAUAAAAUCACUAUGCUGUGGUCGUUCAUCAAGAACCAUAUGAAGCAGAAGAUUAUUGUGUUCGUUGCCAGCUGCAAGCAGGCCAAGUAUCUGUACGAGAUAUUCUGCAAGCUGCGUCCGGGCAGUCCCCUGCUGGCCCUGUACGGUACCCUUCAUCAGGAUCGUCGCAUUGCCAUCUACGAGGACUUCUUGCGCAAAAGCCACGUCGUCAUGUUUUCCACAGACGUAGCAUCACGCGGUCUUGACUUUCCCGCUGUCAACUGGGUGGUGCAGUUGGAUUGUCCCGAGGAUGUCUCCCAGUAUAUCCAUCGAGCGGGUCGCUCCGCACGCAACAAGACGCGUGGUGAAUGCCUCCUGGUGCUGACGCCCAGCGAGGAGGAGUACAUGAUCGGUGCGUUAAAGGACCAACUGAACCUGAACAUUCGGUGUGUACAGAUCGAUUCCAAGAAGCUCUUCUCGCCACGCGUCAAGAUUGAGGCCUUCCUGGCCCAAUUCCCCGAGCUGCGAGCCACCGCCCAGCGUGCCUUCCUCUCGUACUUGAAAUCUGUGUUCCUCAUGCGCAACAAGCGCCUCUUCAAUGUGUUCAGCUUGGAUCUGGAUGCGUUCGCUCAAUCGCUGGGCUUGGCAGUUACGCCGCGCGUACCAUUCCUCGAGAAAUUCCUGUGGCGCCAAAAGCAGCUCCAGCAGCAGAAGGAGAAGGGCGAAGGACCUGAUGCCGCUGCUGCAACGACGACUGCCGCUCCAGUUCUACCCAAGCUCAGCAAACAGCAGACCUUUGGUAGGGCAAGCGAAAGCGAAGAUGAUUCGGAUGAUGAGGACUUUAUCAAGGUCAAGCGAAAGGAUCACGACGUUGAGGGAGAACCGGUGGAUCUUCAACUGGACGUCGGUGGAGAUGUGGGCGAGCCAGAGGAGUCCCUAAUGGUACCCAAGCGUGAGAAGCUCGUCACCAAGGCCUCGCUGGCCAAAAAGGCACUGAAGAAGAACCUUCAGGUCAACUCCAAACUGAAGUUUGAUGACGAGGGCGAAACGGUGGCAGACGAUCGCAGCCAGAUGAAGGCCCUGAGUGCCAGGCAACGUUCGGGCGACAAGGACGACGAUGGUGGCAUUGAUCUGGUGCUAUCCAAGGCUCUGCUCACCGAGGAGGAUCAGUAUGAUAAACAGCGAUUCCGCGAACUUGUUAAGAAGCGCCACAAGCUGCAGAGAGAUAAGCUGCGUAAGAAGGCGGAGCAGGCCAAGGGCAGUGACGAAGAGGAGGAGGAUGAGGAGGAGGGCGGUGAUGACGAUGAAGCCAGCGAGAGUGACCACUCUGUGGACCUCUCCUGGCUGCCAGAUCCCGACAAGGUGUACAAAACUAAGACCAGCAACGAGGAAGAGCCAUCUGAAUCCGAGACCGAGGCUGAGGCGUCUGAUGAUGAUGAUAAGGAAGAAGAGGAGGACGAGCCCGCCUACAAAAGGUCCAAGCUUACGAAUAAGAUGACACUGAUGGACACGGAGGCCAUAGCGGCCAGUCUUUUGGGUAGCUAAAGGUUAAGGGACAACUCGACUGUGUGAAUAAAUGAAUGCUAAUUAAGCAGUAAUUCAUAAUUUGUAA